CCAUCUUGAGACAUGUGUCUCCUUAGAUAUUUUGGCUUUUAGAAAAUAACGUUUAGAAUCCACGUUUGCGUCUCAACACGUGGCGCCCCCACCCCUUUGUUUUCUUCCUUUUGUACUACCAUAUACCCUGAUUCUCUGUUGUCGCAGCGUGCACGCAAUCGCAAAGAGACACGCGUCCCCGUAACCAAUCUAAUGUUGACACAUUUAAUGGCGGGAGUGGGAGCAUCACAGAAUCUGUUGCUCAGACAAGAAGCCACGUGUAUCACCCUUGAGCACCGUACCAACCGCUAUAAAUAUGUGAGGAUCGCGACGCUGCGUGUAGGUUGUAAAAAAAGCUAAAUGAUUUUUUCUAGAAGGGUAGAUUCUCCGUCAGUCCCAAUGAUGAACUCGUCUCGACCGGUCCGAUUCAAGCAACCGAGUCGAUUACCGAGUUUCGGCGAAACGGUAAUAGAGAACGAGCAGGUGCUGACUCUCGUCUUCGAGUCAAUCAGCUGGGACAUCCACACGAUAUGCGCAGUCGCCUCCGUGAGCCGUAGGUUCUGGGCGAUCGCGAGACGCGUUCUGUGGCGUUCGCUCUGCGUUCACCGCGCUCCGGGGAUGGCGGCGGCAUUGUCCGGAUCAGAUCCGAGCGGGAGAAUCGACGGGGGAUGGCAGGCGCUGGCGAAACUCAUGUUCUUCUGCGGCGGCGGCGAGUCGACUCGGUGGCCGGGUCACUUCGCGUCCGAGUCGAGAUUCUCCAAGACCUCCGGGAGGUUUUUUCUGCCGAAAAACUGCCGGGGAGAUCUCUUGUACGUGAGCGAUCCGUGCGAGCAUGAGGCGGUGGGUGGUGGCGGAGAAGAGCAUUUAGGUGUUUUCAGAGGGGUAUUUAGGGAAUUUAUGAGGUCGAAGACGAGGCAGUGUCUCGUGAGGAGACAGGCGGAGCUUGAGGAGAAGGUUAGGUGUCCGUAUUGCGGAGGGCGCGUGUGGAGCAUGAAGGCGGCGCGUUUAGUUCCUAAGAGCGCGGCGAGGCGGUUGGGGUCGAGAGACGGUGGGCUAGAGUUCUACGUUUGCGUUAACGGUCACUUGCACGGUACUUGCUGGUUGAUUCCACUCUCGUCGGAUGAAGAAGAGAGGGAUUUUGAUGGUGAAGAGGACGAUGAUAGCGACGAUUUUUUACGGGGGUGAGAUCUAAUCCAGUGGUGGUGGACUUUGGAGGCAUAUAUGCAAACAGCAGAAGGGAAGAGGUUUCAAUUAGAUUGUCUUAGAGCUCGAGUUGAAGAAUCUCAGAUUGAGAGAUCUGAUCUACACUGUUGAUUUGUGAUGGCUUUGAGAACGAUAAAGUUUUGAUUUAUUGUUGUCAUUUAGCACCUCUAGUUAACCGUUUUGGCCCACUAAACAUAUUUGGGCCCGUGGAUGGAAGCUUAGAGCUACACCAUGGGUUCCAUAGUGAAAAUAUUCUAUGUACAAUAGUAAAAUUUAUUUUUUCUU